CGGCCAAAUAUUCUUUCCAGAAAAAAGUGAAAAUCUUUUAUGGCCAAACAAGCCCUUAUAUUUACACUAAACCUCAUCUCCUAAAACCCACUAUAUAUGAAAACAAUUCUUGAAAAUCAAAUCAAAAUUAUAAUCUUCUUUUUUUCUUUUUAAUUAUUGCAUUCUUCUUGAGAGAGAAGAGCCAGAGAUGGGCAUGAUUUUCAAUGUUCAUUUUCUUUUGCCUUCUCUCUGGCUCUUCUUCUUCUUCUUGAACACUCCUCAAACUAUUACCUAUGCACAAAUUGCUCAAACCCCAUUUUCUUCUACACCAUUUUUAACAACCCCACCACCCCAACCUCCCACCCCAUAUAGAUCUAGAGAAUCACCAUUUAGACCAAGCAUAGCAGUAGUUGUAGCAAUUCUCACAACAAUUUUUUCCAUCACAUUUUUAUUACUCUUAUAUGCAAAACAUUGUAAGAGGGGUCCAUUCGGAACCACCACCACCACUGCCGCCUACGGCGGAGGAGGAGUUCCGCCGCGGUCAAGCUUCAGAAAAAACUCUGGUAUUGACCGUACGGUGAUUGAAUCUUUACCCGUUUUUAGAUUCGGGUCUCUCAGGGGGCCUAAAGCAGAGGCUUUGGAAUGCGCUGUUUGCUUGAACAAAUUCGAAAACAGUGAAAUCCUACGGUUAUUACCCAAAUGCAAACACGCAUUUCACGUUGAGUGUGUGGAUACUUGGCUUGAUGCACAUUCCACGUGUCCUCUUUGUCGUUACAAAGUUGACCCAGAAGAUAUUCUUCUUAUCUCACAUGAAAAUAAUGGUCCCCAAUUAGAGAGAAAAUCUUUUUCAAAUUCUACGUCAUCAUCGCCGGCGAAAGAAAACAAGAGGAUUUAUUCGUCGGGAAGACAUUCGUCGGCCGGAGAAAGAGGAAGUUCGUCGUUACAGAUAAUAGUAGAAACUCCAAAAGAGGAAAAUGGUGGAACGGCGUCGUUUUUGAAUAAAAGAAUGUCGUUAGACAGUUGGAAUUUUUACAAGAAAAAAUGUAAGUCCACUAACUCAAUAUCAUCAAGGAGAAAAGAUACGAUGUUAUUACCGGCGCCGGAAAAAAAUAACCACCGUAUAGAUGCGGCGGAGGAUGUAGCGGAGCAAAGGCGGCUGGAACACCGGAUAAUAAUUUAUGGGGAUGAAUCAGAGGACAGGUCAGCAAGUGGGGCCCAAUAUAGAUGGAGUGACGUGGAAGCUUGUGAUAUGUUGUUUUUACGGUCGGAGAUGAUAUUGAGCGAGAGCCGUAGAUAUUCGGGGUCGAGAAAAUGGACGGCUGAGAUUGAAAGAAGAAACUGUAAUAGUAAUAGCGGGAGUGGCAGAGGAGUAAUAAAUGAGAGAAGCGUGUCGGAAAUGACAGGUAUGAGUAGGUUUAGGAGCAAUGAAGAUGAAAGAGGAAGACAAUUAGAGAGACAAAGACAAAGAAGAGGAGCAGUAACGAGGUGGUUGGAUUGGAUUUCAAAAUCACAAUCUCUGUCUUUGCCAGCUGCACCUUCUUCUACUUGUUCUGCAACUUGAUAUAUAGCUGUAAGUUUUUUGAGGCAUCUUUUAUGAAAUAGACGAAAGAAAUGAUGAUGAAGUCAUAUUUGUAAUAGUUUAGUGUACUUUAGUUUUGUAGUUUGACGAGACUAUACAUUGAUUUAUUAGAAUGUGAAAAGUGGUAGUAGUAAAAGUAGUAACACAAGUUUUGAACUUUUUUGGAUUUCCACUUCUGUGAAAAGUUGUGUAGUAAUAAUAGUACAAAAGUGAGGGGGUGGUAGGGGUGUGGAUGAGUAUCAUUUUGAAAUGUGACAAUUUGAGAUGCUUAUCGUCAUUUUUUAUUUAGACACCUAAAUUGAAGGAUGUACCUAUUAAGCACUUAUACUAUACUAAAUUUAUUCCAGGUA